UCUCGUGACAAAAGUACCCGCCUCUGGCCGUUCCCGAUUCAAUCCAACGUACUCAAGCUAUCCGCCGGCGCGUUUUGUGACAGAUUCUCCGUGGAUGGUCACUAUAUAUUCGGCGUCGGCGAAGACCAGAAGAUAUCACAGUGGCUACUACCCUCGAUACAGGUGUUGCCAAAAGCUUCAGCAGUACAUAUUACUAGAAAGGCACGUUCUCAUUAUUGACCUUCGUAACGCAAUUCGAGCAUGCCAUAGAUCAACAUCACCGGAAUCAUGCCCAAGAUCGCCCUCGAUGCGUUCAUCAUCGGGAACUUGUCCCAGGCUAUGGACAUAUUUACAGAAGCGAUAACGGCAGAUGCCAGCAACUACAUCUACUAUGUGUAUCGCGCAACUGUUUAUGUACGCCUAGGCAAGUGGGACGCCGCGCUUGAAGAUGUGGAUCAGUCUAUCGGCAUUGAACGCUCAGCGUUAGGCCUCAUGUUCAAGGGCAUUGCUCUCUAUGGAAAGACACUCGUCAAGGAAGCCAGUAGAGCAUUUGAUCGUGCGUUGCAGUUGGUAACCGGAGAUUCAGCAACCCAUCUUCUUUUCCUGAUCAAGGCUAUUGCAACAUUCAACGCAAAUGAACACGACGAAGCACUCGUGCAUGUUAAAGACAUGGCCGAGACUUAUCACGAUAGUGCUGCCGAUUUCCUUGCUUGUAGUGUCGUGCAAAUAUACUUCUACGCCGAAAUGGCAUUCACUGCUGCGCAGGGCAACAUUCGCGACAAAUCUAUCGAGUACAUCAAUGCCGCUUUCAAGAUCGCUACUGCUUGUUCACUUGAAAAAAUGGACAUGUCCGUGUACACAGAAUUCGACGUGAUUUUCGGGUGGAACGUCAAGUCAUUGUGGCAAAAGAUAAACAAGUACCGCUGUCUUAUACUCCUUCGGACGUGUAACAUCGAAGCACUCGAGUGCUACCGAACACUGAUGGAUUCAUGCGACAAAGCUGAGAAAGACAGCUUAAUUGCUUGGUUCGCCGCUUACAAGGGUGUGAAAUGUAUGCCGUGUGGAUCUCAGAAACAACUAGCUGCUGCUGCAACGACGAGCAUGAACGCAGAAGUUGAAGUGAAACAAGCGAGCCUGGAAAAGGUUGUGGAAACAAAGGUUGUCGGAACUAAGGUUGUCGGAACAGAGGUUUUCGGAACAGAGGUUGUCGAAACAAAGGUUAUCGAAACAAAGGUUGUCGAAACAGAGGUUGUUGAAACAAACGUAGAGAGGGAGAAAAAGGUGGGCAGCGCCGCGGAUGAAAAGAUGCAGGAAAAGAUCAAACAAGCGAUCGAACGUCUUCCAAAGGACCGCAAAUGUGCUAACGGAUAUGCUUGGAUCCAAACUUCGAAUGGCUUCAAGUGCGCGGGGGGUGGACAUAGCAUUUCUUGGGAGGAAUUGGAAAAAUUGGGUGGCUCGGAGAACUAGGAUGGCUGCCAUUCACCUCUGUAGCGCUGCUAUUUUUCCCGCUUGUUCCUGCCGAAUAUGUUUGCACUCACUUUUAUGCUCUCUCCUAGUUGUGUCAAUCAGUUGUCCUCCGAAAUAUACUCGUUUUGCCACUUCUUCCGUGACAAAUUAA